AUGGCUGCUGUAGAACGUUUCGAUAUUGAAAAAGUGACACAAGUAUUCCAAGAUUCGUUGCGAGAUGAGGACGAUGUUCAAAUGGAUGAAUAUUUAAAGGCCUACGAGGAAAUUAUGAAUUUCAGAUUUUUCAGUUUAAUUGGCAGCGUUUUUGGCUUUGUCAGCAGUGAUGUUCGCAACAAAAUUGAUAUUUUAAUAACAUUUCGCAAAGAUGAAGAGAAAGCUGAAAACUUUGUAACGUUCAAAACAAUGAUGUCAUAUGAAAAGGAUACGGGUCUGUUGAAGGAUUCCAAAUAUGUAUCGGGAAGUCGAACGUUAUUACGUUUGCAUCGAGGAUUAGAAUUUGUCUACGAAUUCCUACUCAAAUUAGCUGAUUUGGCAGAAAACGAAAAGGUGCAUCAAACCUGUAAGGUGGCCUACGAGAAUACACUGGCCAAACAUCAUCCAUGGGUUGUAAGGAAAGGUGCUCUUGUCGCUAUGUACGCACUACCAACUCAAGGAGAACUAUUGAAACGUGUCUGUACGAAUGUCCCUCGAGCUAUAGAAGUACUGCCAGAAAUGUUAAAGAACACUAAAAUUGUCUAUGAUCGUACUCAUGCAUUGUAUACCCUCUACGAUUUACAUGCAUUGCCUUAAA